AUGAGAAAAUGUUCCCGUCCCCCCCAAGAUGGCAGAAGGAUCUGCAGUAGCGAUGAACAGAGGGGUGAACGUGGCGAACAUGGCGCACCUGGCGAAGGGGAAGACAUCCCAGAAGGGUGCCCGGGCAUGGAGAACGAACAAGCGGGGAAGUCCAAAAUCUGCGAGGGGUGCCCCAAUCGAAAAAUCUGCAACGAUCCAGAAUUGAAGAAAGAAAAGGAGAAGGAAAAAAAUCAAAUUUUUAAUCAAGUCCAAGAAAAUUUAAAAAAUAUAAAAUAUAAAAUUUUGGUCCUAUCUGGAAAAGGAGGAGUCGGAAAGUCGACAGUAGCAACACAGUUAGCCUUUUCAUUAUCUUACCUAAACUACGAUGUAGGUCUUCUCGACAUAGACAUAUGUGGGCCGUCCAUCCCAGUCCUAACGAAAACAGUGAACUGUGAUGUUAACUAUAGCAUGAACGGAUGGGUUCCGAUUUAUAAAAAUAAUUUGUCCAUUAUGUCUGUGGGAUAUUUACUGCCAAAUUUUGAUGACCCAGUUAUCUGGAGGGGUCCCAAAAAAAAUGGAUUAAUUAAACAAUUCUUAUGUGAUGUGUACUGGAAGAGUUUAGACUUUUUAAUUAUAGACACCCCCCCAGGAACCAGCGAUGAACACUUAACCAUCUGCUCCUAUUUAAAAAAUAAUUUAGAUGGGUGCAUAAUAGUUACUACUCCACACAUUUUAUCCAUCUGUGACGUUAAGAAAGAAAUCGAAUUCUGCAAAAAGACAAAUAUCCCCAUUUUGGGCAUAAUAGAAAAUAUGUACCAAUCCGUUUUUGUUUCCAACUAUACUGUGGAUAAAAUGUGCGCAGAAAUGAAGGUAGACUAUGCCGGUAGGAUAACCUUUAAUCAGAAGCUCAUUGAUGCUUGCCAGCAUGGGGUUGGCUGCUGUGAUUUGGAUGUCCACAGUUCAUCCUCCAAAGAAAUUUUUCAACUGUGCAAGUUUUUCAUCCAGAAGAUUCUACAAAAUUGUCUCCACGUGCCGGCCUCCUCGGAUGAGAAGAAUCAACUGGCCCAUUCGAUGAAGUCUCCUAAUUGCCACGAUACGGAGGAGACUCUACAGCAAAAUGGGGAACCUCAUCAGUCCGCCUCUUCACAAGUGCAGAUGCUUUGCCAGUUAUUAAAUCAAAUUAGCCAACUCGUUGAGGAGAACCCCCAGUGA